AUGCAGCAUGUUACUAGGCAUUUCGACGAUACAACAAAAUGCCCUUUGGUCGUAUGGAUGUUGCCCUUGAUAGCUGGCGUCUUGUUAGGCUUCCAGCUAGGAGUUAUUGGCAGUUAUAUCCUUUGGGGGGUUAGAAAACGAUCACUCCGCUUACAAGGUGAGCUGGAGAAGUUGAAUUCGAAUGUAGAGCUUGGUAUCAAUAGAAGUCAGCAGCCUGCUUGGUUUCAGAUCUGUCCAUGCUGUGAAAACCACAAACUUAUACCCGUAGAGGUACCGGUCGUAUCUGAUCAUGGAAAUACUGCGACUGUGACUGGGGCUGGGACUGCAACUGCGGAUGAAUCAGCAGAGCCAACUAGAUCUCGAAGUUCGUCGACUUUGUCGCAAGCUUCCUCUUAUCCAUCAUGUAUGUGGAGGACAGUACAACGAUCUUCGUCUGUCAACCCGGUUAUAGACCUAUCUUCAACAACUUCCGACUCGAGCUGGAGUCAGAUUGCAGCGACACCUGAGCAGAAUUCUCCAGCUUUGGGUUCCCUAUAUUUGGGAUCAAAUACGAGGGAUAACAGAUUACCGGAAACCCAGACGCAUGUUGGCCCGGAGACAUCAGAACCACUAGACGCCGGUGGGGCAGAGCGAGUUCCGGCAAUUCAUAUAAAUGGUCCUACUCCACAGACGAGUCCGGCCUCGUCAGCUGGUGCACCUGUCAUCCCACAUUUACAGCCUCUAUCAACUACAGGAUGGACCGUUCCAGCUGAGUGGCUAGUCUCUGGGGAACAAAUUCGGCGCUCAAAUUCAGUUAUUGGAAUGUCGGGUGAAUUUGGGGGUGAUGGCUCGAGAUACACUGAUGGCGAAACAUAUGAGCUUGAUGUUAUAAGUUCACGAGAUGAGGGUCCAACUGAAUUCCGUUUUCCAAUGCCACCAACGAGAACACGGAUACAGCCACUUCCAGGCUCUCUGGGAUGCUUCGUUCGAAACAAUCCUCCUAUUCUUCAACGUCGACGCGACCUCUUCAGCGUGAGUAGCGAGCCCUCAGGCCUCCAGCACCAUGGAACAGCUGGUAGUCUCAAUACCGACCAAUCUGCGAGUAUCACUUCGGAUUCUCGAGGUACCCCACCCCAUGCUCUGUAG